AUGGGAUGCGCCAGCUCCAGCCCUGUCGUGGAAGCUGCUUCGAAGCCGGCAGCUACCACAACCACAUCGACCAGCCUCGCAUCAAAUCCGGGUGACGAUGGCUACCCAGAGUAUUGGUACCACAACAAGACGGCAGACCAGACACCCGGAUUUGAUGACAUGUUUUAUGCUCCGGACUCCGAGCAUCACUGCUUCCAAGAGAUGUUUGAAGAAUCCUAUGUCGCAAAAGCGACGCAGGACCGCCCAUGCCCGAAGGGCACUUGCGGCAAAACACCUGGAGGCUGCCCCUGCAACCAGCCCGGAGCAGAUCCCGGACUUCCAGUGUCUUUCAAUGUCCAGCGCGUCAUUCGCGUGGAGUCCUCGGAGCUGUGGGAGCGCUACCAGAACAAGAAAAAGGCAAUCAUGGCCUCGCGGCCCGGUCGCGUCGAAGAGUUCGACCCUCCCGUUAAGACCAUGAACAAGGCCUCCGAGUACACCGGUACCUUUGCUCCUGUCGACGGAUCCAUCAACGAGGUUUAUGCUUUCCAUGGUACGCAGGUGCGCUAUGCCUUGGCAAUCGCCGAGAACGCGUUCAGAAUCGACCUCGCGGGCUCAAGCACCGGCACAUUGUACGGUCGAGGGGCAUAUCUGGGCGAGUCUAUCAGCAAGGCAGAUGAAUACGCAAAGGACGAACCGGGAGGCUACUAUGACGGGGUCUUUGCUGUCCUGGUGUGCCGUGUCGUUAUGGGCAAGCUGAACUGUACCAAAUCUGACGCGAAAGCCGCGGAGAAAGUCAGCGCUGGAGAGUUCGACAGCACAUGCGGCACACGUGUGUUUCGAGAGCUGGUGAUCUACGAUGCUGACCAGUGCUAUCCCGAAUAUGUUGUUCUCUACAAGAGGAGAUAUGCAAAGGACCCGGAGGAGGCAGAGACCACAAAGCCACGGAAACGUCGAUUCUUCAUGCAAGUGCCACUUCACUGGAGGAAUGUCGCGACCGACCUAUCUACCGGCUUUCGGGAGGAGAUUGAUCUGAAAGGUCCGGCCACUGCAUGGAUGCAAUGCUUGGUCAACCAAGCGCAGCUCGUGCCAGCACGGACCAUCCUGCAAGCAACGCGGUUGGAAGACUCCAAGAUGUGGGAACGCUAUGUGCAAUUCAAGGCGGCUCUGCGUAGUCGGAUAGAUGAGCGAAGCGGAGAUCCCUUACGGCUCACUUUGGUGGAGAAAGACCUACGUGCGCUGAUGAAGCGACCGUGCAAGUUUUUCAAGACCCCGCGGGGCUGUAAGUCCGGCGACAAGUGCAGGUUUUCGCGCAACGAGUUUGGCUUAGACUUGGACGACUUGGGUCUUGCAGCAGGUAGACGCCUGCCGGUGGAUGAACUGGACCGGCGUUUGCAUGAAGGCUUCUUGUGGUAUGCUUGCACGCGGUCAGCCGCCACUGAAUUGAGCCAGGGCCAUGUGAGGAGGGAUGCGACACUACCAGGAACGCGGUUCUACGAAAGCUUGCAGACUGCACUCAAGCAGACAAAGCCUGAGGACGGCAUCAAAGUGGCGGUGCUGUGCCGCGUCAUGUGCGGACUGCCUGGCGUUGACAUAGCUGACGAGAACACCGACUUCUUGAUCAUCGAGACCGAUGCCAACGGACGCAGAGAAGUACUCGUCAAAGACGGCAGCGCUGUCUACCCCGAAUACCACCUGUGCCUGAGCUACAACGAUGAAGAGGAGGUCGAAAAGAUGAUUGAAAGCAUGGACAGGUCACCAAAAGGCAAGGAUGGCGAUGAGCCCCGACUGGCCAUGGACGACCCAACCGAGGAGCCAGGAGAGAAAGGCAUGCUGUGCUGCGCGGUCGCAGAGUGA